AUGGCCGACAAGUACAAAUCAUUAAAAGUGAAAGAAUUGCAAGAAAUCUUGCAAAAGAAUGGUUUACCCCACACUGGUAAAAAAGAAGAUCUGAUUGAUCGUCUUGUCAAGCAUGAUGAAAAGAAGGCACUUGAGCUUACUUCGCUUGACGAUCUUGCCGGAUUGGAAGAGUUUGAAGAAUCCACCAAAGUUGAUGAUUUAGACUCGCUUCCACUUUCGACCAUUGAUCAGAAACAAGACGAUACUAUUCAAUCUGUAACUCCUGCUGCUGCUACUUCAACAACAACGACUGAAGCAGCAACACCAGCUGAAAACUUCACGGACACGACAACGACGUCAGCUACGCAAGAGACAGCUACUACCUCCACGAAACAACAAGGAGAACAAAAGAAGGAAGAACCACCUAAAGAGAUCAUAAAACCUGGAUCCAGCUUCAAGUAUACACCUAUUACGUUUGGCUCCUCUUCUUCUUCGUCGUCGUCGUCGUCGUCGCUGCCAAAGACAACAACACAACCACCCACAUCCUCGCCCGCCAAACAACAGCCCGUGGCAGCCACAAAUGAUACUGCAGCACUUGACCUUCAAAGAAAGAUCGAACGCGCAAAGCGAUUCAAUGUGGACUUGGAUGAAAAGAGCAAACAACAGCUACGCGCUCAACGUUUUGGCGCGGCGGCUCCAAAGCAAGUAAAGAACCCCUCUUCGCCCUCCCCUUCUUCUUCAUCACCAAAGGGUAUCGAUCCUGAAGUAUUAAAAAAACGCGCGGAACGAUUCGGAAUACCCAGUAAAGAGGUCGAGGACGAAAAGAAGCGAAAGCGAGCAGAACGAUUUGGUGUUCCUACCAAAGAAGCUGAGGCGGAAAAGAAGAAAAGACGUGCUGAACGUUUUGGCACAGUAAGUUUACUGUUUUCUUCAUGA